GUCGGCGUUCGCGCAGGGAGUUCGGGCGCGCGGGCGAAAAGUUCUUCUCGCCGCUUUUGGCCAUUCCAGGUUGCCGGCUCCUGAGGGAUUGCUGUUGCGUGUGCGAUGCCAGCUUGUGGCUCCAGGCCAUGUAGCACCAGUAUGAACAGCGGAAGCAGCUGUGACAGCAUGGCCAGCGUCAACUCUGGCUUUAGUGAUGACAGUAUGGAACACCUCUCUGCCGAAGAGCGCGCCUGUCUCAUGUACCUGGAGGAAGCCAUCGAGUCCUUGGAGACAGAGGAUGACAGCGGCCUGUCCAACGAUGAACCAAGCUGGCCGCCUCGCGCUUUAGCCGCUAGAACGGGCCACCUUGCGUCCGCUAGCCCAACCAAACCAGAGGAGCUGUCAUUCCAUAAUGAUUCCAACAGAGUUUUGGGAAACAACCAUAAAGCUCAUGGCCUGCUUGUACCUACUCCACUGGUUCUGGCCAAUGGUAGUGCGCAAUUUCUGAAAAAAACUGAAAUAGGCACACCCUUACAAGAAACAGUUAAUGAAGCUAAUGCCUCUGCAUUAAACUCUUACCACCCAUCAGCUGCACUGACUGCUAGAAAACCUGCCUCAUCACCUCAAAAUCCAGGAACCCAUAAACCUGAUGAGCCUCCUUCUUUCAUACCUGAGCCUCCAGUAAAAGCUGGCACUGCCAUUCAGCCGAAAGCCAAAGAAGGUCCUGCCAAGAUCCAGCUGGACAUCAGACCAGAUCAUCGGAGCAAGGGUGCUACACCUGACAUGCAAACGGAGUUGAUUCCUCCACCCUCAGACUUUAUGGAUGAACCAGAUCAUCUUUACCAACAACCCCAAUCCCAAUCUCAACCCCAGCUUCCACCUCAACCCCAGUUAGAGCCACCACCAGGAAACAGAGUGAACGCCCCUCCCUCAGGUUUUGGCAGACAGGCCAGGGAUGACAAACCUCCUGGCACAGCGAAUGCAUCACCUGGAGGACUGCUGUCCCCAUGUGAGCUAGACAAAUUGCGUGAAAAGGCUUCGAUGAAGAAAAACCGCAAAAUAUCCCAGAAGUGGUUAGACCAAUCAGGUUCUCCCCCUUCAUCUCCGGAUUCCUGCCAUGUCACUGCAGAACAUGGCGAGCCCAAAAGUGCACCGGCUGUGGCACCCAAACCAAAGAAAUUCCCCUCCAGUAUCAUCAUGAAAAGUCACAAAGACUCUGGGCCUUCUCAUUCACUUGUUCCACACAGUGAUCACACUUUGGUGAAUCAGCAGAAGGUUCACGUCGAGGCCCUGAAGAAACUGGGCUUACUGAAGGGUGUUGAGGAAGAUUCAAGCCCCACUGUCAGUCCACCACAUAGGGUCCCUCCGCCUGCCGCAGAAGCAGUGGAGGCAAGAGGAAAAACAGUUUCACUUUUAUCUUCACCUCCCUUCUCAGAAAAAGGAGGACGUCAAAGUCCGACAGUCCUGAGGGGUUCAAGUUCAAGAGUGUUCAAAUCUGCAUCCAUGAAGCAAUCAGACAUGGGUAAAAAUGUUGCAGUCAAACAGUCCUCCACCAUAAAAGGUCAGGGGAAGGCGCCAGAGAAGGCCAACGUGGAGCUCUCGCCUGGACAGCUGCAACAAAACUUGUCUCGACCUGCUUUUUCAGGGAGCUUGAAAGACUUGAGUAUCCAGCAGCCACCUUCUAACUUGAAAGAAGAACCGAAUUUCAGGAAGUCCCUGCCCUCUUCCACCAUGCCAGGAACACACGGCAUCAGUGUGGUCAUCUCGCCACAGAGCAAAAAUGGAGAAGAUCGCAAGCAGGCCCUGAGGAAGCUGGGACUGAUUAGAGACUGAGGUCUAAUAUGCUUUGCCUACAAACUGCUCACACACUUACUGACCAAUAUUAUACAGAUUCCAUAAAAUCUGAGGAUAAGGCUGGAAUAGGAGGAGACUACAUUCUUAAUUCAGAAUUCUUGGAUGCAUGAAUAUAUGUUUAUCUGUUGGGCGGUGUAUAUACAGUCGGCAUUUAGGAGAAAUACUACGGGGUACAGAUGUAUUCUUAUGAACCUUCGGUUUGCUGAGCUUCUUUGCUCUAGUGAAUGUCUGUCUUUGGUGGAGAAGGGACUACGUCGGAGGUUAUGCCAGGUGAUGGAUCUAUGAUUGUUGCGUGCAUAAGGAACUGCUUGCUCAGUAUUCUGACAGAAGGCCGUGUUUCCAUUGAGAUUUUCUGCCUAGCAACGGAUUGGAUAUCUCUGUUAAAGUCCUUUAAUUGUUUAAGUAAGAAAGACAUUAUCAGGUAUUAGUAACAUUACCCAGACCUAACUUCUCUGCUUGCUUCAUAUAAUGGAAAACCUGAGCCAUAUGAUAAAAUAGAAAAUGAAAAAAUAUGUUAGAGAGUGCCCAAAUUUCCUUGUUCUACUGGACAGGUGCGCUCAUUUUUUUAAUGGACACACUCAGUCUAAACACUGUUUUCACCUCCCUCACCGUCACAUUGAUAUUCAGUCAAUUGUGUAUUUGAUUUAUAAAUUGCCUAUUACCAUAUUGAGAUUAUUCAGGGUCACAGCCAAUUUUUUAUUAGUCUGUUUUGGAAAGCACUUUAAUAUGCAUGUUUGAAGAGAACUAUAAACGUUAUUAA